AUGGACGUGGGCUGUAGUGUGAUUGAAGCGUUCAUGUGGAGUGUGGCUCUCUUCAGAGAGAGGGUAAAGUCUUCAAAGACUCUCUGUGAGGAACCAUUGAAGUGGGAUCCUAAUCGGAGAGCAGCCUCGUGGUUGUCUAAGAAGAUCCAGAGAUCUGUGGCCAGUUUGGUUGAUGCUAGAGUGAGGGCUUUUGCUGCCCCUGCUACUGCGGCUGUGGCUUCUGCAUCGAACACAAAAUGCAUUUGUGCCUAA